UUUGUCAAAAAUCAAUUGCGAACGCACGUCUGUGCAUUUUCGCGCGUAUGCGCAGCUGCUUUUCGGUUAUUCAAAAACAAAAUACCGCAUUCUACAGGCGUCAGGCUGUGACUCAGACUGCUGAAACUUCAUAAUAUUGCGUGUGAAUGUUCAUCAUUUUUGUCUUAUAUAUUUAAUAUCGAUUUCAGCAAUAAACUUUUAUGGAAAAAGUAGCCGUCGUAGUUCUUGAAGAUAUUAAUAUCAAAGGCACAAUGACUACAGAAGCUGUUCUCAAUUAUUUGAAAGUUCAUAAUAGGCCCUACAGUGCCAAUGAUUUGGCAAAUAAUCUAGAUAAAGAAAAACAUGGUAAAUCUGCUAUUCAAAAGUCCCUUGAUAAAUUAGUUGACAGGAAAAAAAUUUUUGUCAAGACUAAUGGAAAACAAAAAGUUUACUGUAUCAUUCAAGAUUCAUCUCAAAGUUUGGAAGAGCUUAAAAAGAUUGAGAGAGAAUUGUUAGCUCAUCAAAGCGAACAAGAAAGAAAAUUGCAGGAAUUACAAGUUGAAUACAAAAAACUAGAAAGUGCUCUUAGUUCGCUUAAAUGUGGAAUGACAUAUGAAGAAGCUCAAAAAGAAAAAGCUCGAUUGACGGAGAGUAAUGAAAAACUAUCUGUAAAAUUAGAUGAAUUAAUGGAAGCAACAGGAACUCAAGAUUUGAGUGAAGUCAAGAGGAAAGCUGAAAGUAGCCUCUCGCUUUAUAAUAAAGAAUACUCUAAACGCAAAAGAAUGUGCAAUGAUGUUCUAGAUUGUAUUUUGGAAAGUUAUCCAGGAAGUAAAAAACAACUUCAUGCUGAAAUAGGAAUUGAUGCAGUAUAAUAAUUUGUAAUAAAAUACCAAUUUAAUUAUAAUUUAAUGAUAAGCUGUAGCAAGUGUCUUGUGCUUGAAAAAAGGAAAAUUUUUGUUAUGUAUGUUAACUUUUUUGUGGUUUUCUUAAAAAUAUUUAAUGAAUUUACUUUAGUUAUAUUUCACUGUACAUAGAAAAAUGUAUAUAAAUAAUUUGAAGAUAAGUUGGUUAGUUUGUAGAAAAAACGUUGAGCUACAAUUCAAUACUAUAAAAAAAUGUAUGUAAAUUGAAUUCAUAUUUAAUAUAAAUUUUAACUUGUUCAUAUCA